CAGAGAUUGAUUUUGCAUUUCUUAAAGCCUUUAUUUGUUGUGGAAUUUCAUUUUCAAUUAUUGAAACCCCCUUUUUUAUUAAUGCAUUGAAACUAUUAAAUGAAAAAUAUAAUCCACCAAGCCGUACUACUCUUUCAACAACACUAUUAUAUAUAGAAGUAGCAAGAAUUACAUUAAAAAUGAACAAAGAAAUAAAAAAUUUACAAAAUUUAACACUUGCUAAAAAUAUAAUUCAUUCUAAAUAUCCUUUUAUUAUGACAUUACCUUGUAUUGCGCAUCAAUUACAUUUAAUUAGUUAUGAUGUUUGUCAUUUACCUUAUACUUCAAAUUUAAUUUCAAAGUGUAACAAAAUAGUAUUUUAUUUUAACAAGUCAACGCUAGUAGGAAGUUUAUUAAAUAAUAUUAUCAAAGAUGUGCUAAUUAUUGGUGGUGGUUUAAAAUUAGCAUGUAAAACAAGAUGGACAACAUAUUAUGAUU